AUGGCGUCUGAUGCUUCCCAAGUUGCUGAGGUGGCAUCUAUUGCCUCCCCAAUAAACUUCAUCCUCCUCUCUCUUUUCGUUGUGGUUGUAUACAUGCAAUUCCGGCCGAAGUCUGCGGUAGCUCUACCCGAAGAGCCAGCUCCGGUUGUAUUCCGCACCUUUACACCAACGACUUUACUGGAAUUUGAUGGGAGGAAUAACAAGCCUGUCUACCUUGCGGUUCGCGGCAGGGUUUUCGACGUUAGCGCUGGGAGGAAUUUCUACGGACCGGGCGGACCGUACGAGAACUUUGCCGGCCGCGAUGCAUCCCGCGGACUUGCCUGUCAGAGCUUUGACGAGGAAAUGCUCACGAAAGACCUUAACGGACCGCUGGAUGAUCUCCAGGGACUGGACGAAGAACAGCUGGAGAACCUAACGGGUUGGGAAGAAAGAUUUCUCGAAAAGUAUUUGAUUGUAGGAAAAUUGGUUGCAGAAGGUGAUACAGAUACCGCUAAAUGA